AUGAAAAGAAUAUUGGUAUUAUUAACCAUAUUAUUUUUACUAAAUGCAAUUAAAAAUGACCCUGCUAGUUUGCAUACUGGAUAAAUUACUUAAUCUGAAGAAAAAGUCUAUGUUUAUAGAGUAAACUACAGAGGAGAUAAUGAUAUUAUAUAAGAUGAUGACCUUCCCCCAACUGAUUUCCAACCAGGAUCUAAUACCAGCACUACUACAACCACAAACUAAAAUGGAUAAACAGUAACAACUACUACUACAACAGGCACAACUACUACUACAACAGGUACAACAAGUGGAGGAGGCUAAUUAAACGUUGUGUCAGAGAUUAGCGAAUGGGAUGAAGAUGAUGAAGGAACAUAAGUAAACACUACCUAAAAUUUGAAUAUAACAAUGUAUUCAUUAAUUAAGUAGUUGUCGAAGAUAAAAAAUUCAAUGUAGACGAAACCAAGAGCUAAUAAGAAUUAAAAACCUAUUAAAAUUAAUUCAAUGGAAUUUUAGAAUUCUCAAUCUAAGGAUGGAUUAAAUUAACACCUAAAGCAAACAGAUCUAACUGGUCGACAGGUUAUCAUUUCAAUUAAAAUGAAAAACCUGAAGAUUAUGCUAAACCCGGUGAUAGAAACUUAGCUUUCUUCAUAAUUAAUAAUAGAUUACACUUCCCUACUUAUGACUUGA